UAGAACCCACCCCACCCCAGCUGCUGCCCAGCCAAAACCCCUGAAUAACUGUCUGGGGACAGAGAGACAGACAGCAGGAGCCACAGACAGAGGGACACAUAGCUUUAGAGUCAGACCUACAGGUGUCCAGGAUGCCAUGGGAGUGCCUGGAAGCAGAGGCUGGUGCAAGCUGAGCCCACUCGGGGGCCAGCCCCAUCUCGUUUCUCCACAUGGACCAGCACUCCUCUGGCCUCCGGAGCAAGGGGGCAGCAGCUCCCUACAGCAGAAAAAAUGAAACCCAAAACUCUCUGAAAGGGACCUCCUACCUCCCAGAUGCCACCCAAGGUCAUCAGAUCAACAUACAAGCACCUGCGCCCAUCAUUCAUACUCAAGGACUCAACAGCCAGGAGCCAUCAACAUCCAUACCUCACCGAAGGGUGAGAAUCCAGGAACCGCCAGCAUCCACCUUCCUUCCUUGGAGGCUCAGCACCCAAGCUUCUUCCCCAUCCACCAUUCUCCCUCAAAGGCUUAGCACUCAAGAGACCCCUUCUCAGGGUUCCCAGCCCAAUACACAACGUAUACAAUCUGUUGGCUACAAUCACUCUCCCAGUACCAGAGAGAGAUUUUCCCUUUACCAUAAUCACCGACUCAACAUCCUAAACUCUCAUACCCUGAGCAAUGUCCAGUCAGAAAUCCACAGCUUACAAACCAACACUGACAGCCCCCUCUCCUUGAUCCAGUCACACCAACUCAACAGAAAACAAAAACGGUCCAGUGUGGACGUCCCCCCAUCCAUAACCUGCAGCCCAGAGGCCAGCAUCGAGAGCUUUGAGUCCUUCGUCGGGGACUCCAAGGACAGUCUAAGAGGACAUUUGCACAAGUCUCUGUCCAGUCAGAGCGCUGCAGGCAGUUUCUCCAAACUGGCAAGCCUUUCUACUGCAAUGGGCUCCAAUAGGACUCAGAGCAAACACUGGCCACUGCUGCGCAUGGGCUGGAUGCUGUUGCUGGAAGCCAAGAAGAUCAGCCAGUACCUUAGCCUGGUACUGACUGUGGUCGGCAUGCUGAUGCUCAACUUCAUAGCCUUCUGGCAGCCCUGGAUCCGCUUCCAAGUGCCUCUAGUGCCCUCAGGGGACCCCACUGGCCCCAAGACCAUCCCCAUUGACACCACCUUCUUCAUGGGCUGCCCUGACAUCUCCUGCAUGAAUGACUAUGACUUGCUGGACCUGGCCUGGGCCUGCCUCCUCAUCUCUGGUAUCAUGAGUUUCUGUGUGUGUAUGGGUCUCAUCAGAACCAUAUUCUUCUCCAGCACCAACACGCCCUCGAUGGACUUCUUUCUCUUCAUCUGCAGCCUCAUGACAGGGAUCAGCAUCAUUCUGGGGGUCCUGUUCUACCUGAUGCAAGCCAGAGAGUUCUUACAGGAAGGCAUGACCUACACGAUGGGGAGCAGCUUCUACCUGGCCUGGAUCAGUGUCUUCUUCUUCUUCAUGAUUGGCCUCUUCUCCUAUCUGAACUACAUGAACUUCUGGUCCAUCCUGCCAGCCCAGGCCAGGUGGUCCUAGGCCAUGACAAUGAACUGAUACCAGUGAUCUCCUCUCACGACUGUCAACUGCCUGACGAGCUCACUCUCCAGCCCUAUACUCAUGAGUUAUGUAACUUCUGACUCCCCUCAACCCAGAGUAAUGACUUACAUUUUAAAGAAAAAUAUCCUUUGCCCAGAAUA